AUGGCGGGAAUGGAAGAGAGCGAUGGGCCAAAGGCUGGAGAUAUACAUCGAGCUGCCUUCUGCAUCAGACCUGAACAAGACGUCGACCUGCAUUAUAUCUUCAAUGGAAUGAUGGAAGAUGUCAAAUCAGUGGCAAGCAGCAACCAGGAGUCCUUCUAUGACGUGCACGUGAAGCGAGGAGAAUACGUCUGCUUUGAGAUGUCGCAAGAUAUGCACAAGAUCCUGACCAAGAUUGUUCAGCUCUCACGUCUGUAUUCUCCCGGAGGAUUGAAGGACCAUUUUCUUGGACGUCAAGCGAAGAUCAGGGCCUUUGGUGUCAUCGUGAGCGGAGAUAGGAGAGAGUUUGAAGAUCUUGGUGAGAAAGUCAGAGCUUUCUUUGUGGAGACGAGCAAAAUUCCAAAGUUGUCCAAGAAUCUGAUCGAUCAAUCGAUCCCGUUCUUCCUCUGUCUAGUAAACCAUGAAAAUCUCUAUAGUCAGGUAACAGAUCUGAAACUGUCAGUAGAGGAUCUCAAGGAUUCGAUGGAGGAAAGAUUUGCUCAACAGCAGGGACUCAAGGAGUCAGUGGAGGAUCUGAAGCAGUCGAUGGAGGCAAUGCAGGAGUCAAUGAAGGAGAUGAAAGGUCGCAUUGUAGAAGAGCUCAAAGAGCUGCUCUAA